UUUUAUUACGGCUUGUACCCCCUCCCCCUGGCCGGCUUCGCCCUGCCCAUAUUUUCUAUGUCUCAGUCUGUCCAUCUCCUGACGUUCAAGUUCGCAGGAACGUCACGUCCGCACUUGAACUUGCAGCUCAGGGGGGCUUCUCUGUACCCCCAUCACUCUCUCUUUGCGAAAAAGUCAUGAAGAGGUCCGCACGACCCGCCGCGCGCUCCGCCUCAGCCUCUGUAUGAUCCGCACUUCAUUUCUUCUUUGCUUUUUUCCCCCCUCUCUUUGGAUGUCAGAGGCAUCAAUGAAGAUAUUUCACUUGGAGUCUACCUUAUAGGAACGGAUUUCCCAAUGUGAACUCAGCUGAAGAGCCGACACAAAACCAACAUGUCUCGCCGCAAGCAAGGCAAACCCCAGCACUUGAGCAAACGGGAGUUUUCGCCUGAGCCGCUGUCAGGCAUUUUACCGGAAGAAGACUUUCAGGACUCCACCAGGCUGGGCGUGGAUGAGGGUGAGCCCCUCAAAGGGGACCAGGACCUUCUCACCUGUGGCCAGUGUCACUCCCGCUUCCCCCUGGCCGACAUCCUGCUGUUCAUCGAACACAAACGGAGGCAGUGCCACGGGAGCCUCUGCACGGACAAACCUCUAGACAGGCCGCCCUCCUCCCCGCUUGCCUCACCCCUCUCUACAUCCUCCUCGCACUCGCAGACCCACCAUCAGCACCCCCGGAGGGUGUAUCACCCUGUGGAAGUGGCAAUUCAGGUGUCGCCGCAGGAUGAGGAUUGUUUAUCUGCACCCUUGCAAGGAAUAAUCCCUAAGCAGGAGAAUAUCACAGAUAAAGUUGAGCCCAACAGCUUCACCUGCACCACCUGUAAGCAGCCUUUCACCAGUGCCUGGUUCCUUCUCCAGCAUGCCCAGAACACCCACGGUUUCCGCAUCUACCUGGAGAGUGAACCUGGCAGCCCCCUCACCCCCCGCGUGGCUGCGGCUCCUGGGAUGGGGGGUGACUGUGCCUCCUCCCAGCCUCCCCUCCAUGCUGUCCACUUGGCUGAAGGCAGUCCUUACAGCCUCCUGAGGAUGCCUGGCUCUGGCUCUGGUCGGGACACGGCAUCCACGCCUCGUGAGGGCCGCUACCCCCGUACCCCACCGCUGUUCAGCCCGCCACCGCGCCACCACCUCAGCCCUGAUGACCUGGCCCUGGCAACCCACCAUCCCAGCGCCUUUGACAGGGUUAUGAGGCUCAACUCGGUGCCACUAGAAGCCCCUCCCAUGGACUUCUCAAGGCGUCUACGCGAGCUGGCUGGAAAUGCAACUGGGGCUUCCCCGCCUCUCUCUCCAAACAGGCCCAGCCCUAUGCAACGGCUGCUGCAGCCAUUUCAACCAGGUUCUAAGCCUCCAUUCUCAGCUACACCUCCCCUGUCCAGCUCUCAGUCACCCUCUGGUGCACGAUCCACCCCAAAUCCUGUAUCCAACGCGGCCCAACCUGGAACUCCUCUCAAGGCAAAGUCUUGUGAGUUCUGUGGGAAGACCUUCAAGUUCCAGAGCAACCUAAUAGUUCACCGGCGUAGCCACACGGGGGAGAAGCCAUUCAAGUGUCACCUCUGCAACCAUGCCUGCACCCAGGCCAGCAAAUUAAAACGACACAUGAAGACACACUGUCAGAGUAAGUCAUCCUCGCUAAACGCUAAGUCUGAUGAUGGUCUCUCGACUGCAAGCUCCCCGGAACCCGGCACAAGCGAUCUCAUGGGCAGCGCCACGGAUGCCCUCAAGUCAGUGGUCGCCAAGUUUAAAAGUGAAAACAAUGGACUUAUAACUGAAAAUGGAGAAGAGGACGAGGAAGAAGAGGAGGAGGAGGAAGAGGAGGAAGAGGAGGAGGAGGAAGAAGAAGAAGAGGAAGAGGAGGAGGAGGGGGAGGAGGAAGAAGUGGAGAGCAAGCCUGGAGUGAAAGAAGGAAAUGGAAGGAAUGACUAUCAUUUUAGUCUGCGGUUAGAAGGCGCCCACCACCACCAGAACAGUGAUGCCCUGCGCCCGCACCGCCGAAGCUUGUCCCGGGAUCGGGGUGAUGAAGACUCUGCCUUGGAGUCUGACCGAGCAGAUGAUGGAACAGUUACCACUGUCAAUGGCACGGGACCCUUAUCUUCUGACAGUUUGUCCAGAAAGUUGCUGGGUGGACGUGUUAGCCCCGGCGCUCUCAGUCCGCUGUCAAAGCGCAUCAAGGUGGAGAAGGACCUUGACCCCCCCACACCCACCAUCCCCAACACGGAGAACGUGUACUCCCAGUGGCUCGCUGGCUAUGCUGCCUCACGACAACUCAAGGACCCUUUCAUCAGCUUCACAGGUGGGGACUCUAGACAAUCGCCCUUUGCCUCCUCGUCCGAGCACUCUUCAGAAAACGGCAGCUUACGCUACUCCACGCCGCCUGGCGAGCUGGACGGAGAGCGGGCCGCCUCAGGACGCAGUGGCACCGGAAGUGGGGCCAGCACUCCACACGGCGGCAGCGGGAAUGGCAGGCCGAGCUCCAAGGACGGUCGGCGCAGUGACACUUGUGAGUAUUGUGGCAAGGUGUUCAAGAACUGCAGCAACUUGACAGUGCACAGACGCAGUCACACUGGGGAGCGGCCCUACAAGUGUGAGCUGUGCAGCUACGCGUGUGCCCAGAGCUCAAAGCUCACCCGCCACAUGAAAACCCACGGACAGAUGGGCAAGGACGUGUACAAAUGUGAAAUCUGCCACAUGCCUUUCAGUGUAUACAGCACUCUGGAGAAACACAUGAAGAAGUGGCACAGUGACCGCCCUCUGUCUGCUGACAUUAAGACUGAGUAGUCAAAGAGCAGCAUACUGGCAGCUCUAUCUCAGUUCCCCCGGCUAAAAAGUGACCCUGACUAACUAGCCACUAAGUGAGGGGAAAGGACAACAGGGUUAGAGACACGCACGCGGUACAGCCCUGUUAUCAUCCCUGACUGGAAAAAAGCUGAAUGCAUGAUCCAUCAUUGGGGCAAUACACUUGCAUCAAACGCAGAACUUUUUGAGCCUUUCUAUUGUGCAAUAAUUUACACGUUUUGUAUUUUUUGUAACUGGACAGCAUGCUCAGUGUGUUUUGGCUACUUAGAGAGAAAGUUGUCCUUUGCUGGUGGGUUUGGUUGUACAUGUGUCACUAUUGAUAUUUUGAUUUCUUCGACGUGAAAAAAGUUAGUCAUGAGAUCCCAUGCUGCAAACAGUUCAAACUGUUUUACAUAUCAUGUACAGUUUUGUGUUCAAACAUAUUGGACAGUGUCAUAUUAUCAAAACAUCAAGACAAGCAGGGUCACACUUCAAACGGAUCUUUGUGAAAGAUUUUCCAUGCAAGAUUGAGAUGAGAGAUAUUAUAUAUAUGUUUAUGAAAAUUGGCUGCCUAUGAAAUGCUAGGCACUAGCGCCAUUAGAUAUUCCUUUGACAAACAGCAAUGAAAUUAACAAUAUGGUGUGAAAUGACAACAAGAGUGCCUUGGAUAUUUUACCUGCAUUAGUUCAUCCUCCUUUUUGCUAUAAGCAUGGAGUUUCAGCUACACAAGAUUACAGGACAUUUUUGUGCACAUGUGGAACAAGCAGGUCCUUGCAUCAAGCACCUGUACAACCCUGUCAUUUUGUGACUCAGCAGAGCAUAAGGAACCAGCUGAAACAUAAACAGAAAAAAAGACUAUGUGUAUCUCUGGUAAAUCAUUUAUCUGCCUGACUCGUGUAUAUUGUUAUUCUCCAGAUUAUGAUUCUGUUUACUGGCAUGUUACAUGCUAAAAAGGAGUAGAAGUUUGGUGUGUAGACUUUUGGUUUAGGUGUUUUUGUUUCCCGGUACACGUGUACCUUACUGAGAGGGUUAGUCUGACGAGUUGUUUUAACCAACGUGAAGCUCUUAAUUUUCCAGAGUGUUUAUUUUCUUUGAAAAUUAAAAGUUUGCAGGUUUCUUUGUAAGUAGCACAGAAUUAUGUUUUCUUCAGUGUCAGAAAGCGGGCAGUGUAGCCAGCAGCCAUUUGAUGACCACAGAGUGGGUUAUAAGUUGUUCUAAGCCAGACAGAUUUUGGGUGGUGGUGGGGUUUGGGUGGGUGUCGGCGGGUGAGGUUCAGGGUAGUGGGUGGGGUGUGGGUUAACCAGUCGUCUCUACAAUUCAAAUGUUUAUGUCCUUAUAGCGCUUAUUCUCUUAACUGCAUAGAUCUUAGUAACCCUUAAGUAAUCUGAAUCCCUUUUGAUGAAAUGACAUUGGAGACGAUCUUAAAUGGAGGUCAGAAUCCAAAGUCAAGAUUCAUAAUUUAGUCAUUUUUGCAACACAUUACCCCUUCCACACAAGCUUUUUAGGAUUUACAUUUCACCACAUGUUUUCUUUUCAGUUAACUCACCCUAGAAUUCAUUGUGGUAGUUUAUUUCUUAUCUCCAUCCCCCUCAUUGUCGAUAUAGCACUUGUCACUCUGCCUUGGAUUCUGUAUCUGUCUCUCUAAUCGGAGGUACAGUCGGUUGAGUAUAAAAUGAGGACCGGAUUCAGAACCGGGACUACCUAUACGUGCACUGUUCAAUUUUCCCAGUUUACAGUUGGACACUCAAGGGAAAACUUGCUCUUAUGCUGACAGAUUAGUGUGGUGUCAAUGCUUUGCAUUAAAAAGAAAAAAAAAAGGAAAAAAAAAAGAGUUCAACUAGAAACUGUUGCCAGCCAUGUCUCCUCGUGAGAGCUCAACAUCAGUUUGGCUCUUUGGGGUAUCAGAGCAGGAACCGCCAUAGAAAUAUCCUGCCUCAUGAAUAUACUACUCACUACAGAAAUAUAAGAAUUCUACAAAUUUGAUUUAAAAAGUUAAGAAAAUUGUGUUGAGUUUCUAAAGUAACACUUCAAUAUCUUUAGGGGAGAACAUUAUUUAAAUUGUGCUUUCAUUUUUGAUGGUUUGUUAUUGUUUCUCUGUCCUUCUUGGUCACAUCUGGGACUUGAUCACUAUGUAAUGAAUUGUAAUGAACAUGUCUCUCGUCUUUUUUGCCUUUACUAUACACAAGUCUUCAGGUUGAACAAAAAGUUUGCAUUUGGGAGAGAUUUAUGAUAUAUAAAUAUAUAGAGAGAACUUAAAACACAUAGGAAAAUGCACACUCAUGUAAGUUCCUAUGUUCAAAACACAUUUAUGGUCUACUUUUUUCCUGUAUUUAGAAUGGUAUUUGAAAUUAAUGUUCACUUAGUGUAGGCACUUAUAGUAUUUAUGUUGGAGCCUGUAUUUUUAACUGUUUUGCCUGUACUCUUUAAAGGUUUCAAUGUACCCUUUUUUUCUGUAGUGAAAAAAAUCCCAACAAGCUGCCACCGUAUAUUUUCUUAAUUUGGCAGGAUAAUAUAGUGUGAAUAAUUUGUAUGCUUGAAAAUAAGUAUGUUUUUUGAAAAAGAAAAAUGUUGUGGUGUCCUAAGGGUGAGAGGUCAUGUGAUGACCUUUUCAGGCAGUCCCGCUGGAGUGGCCACAAUGAGGUAAUAACUGGUGGUUGUACAUAUCUUUUUAGUUUGUUUUAUAUAUUUUUCUCUCCUGCCAUUUUAUAUGCAGUAAUUCAAGCUAUUGUUGGGUUUUUCUUGGUAGCCAACUUUUUACUGUCCUUGAACAUGUACCACCUGAUAACAUUCCAGCUGUUUUUGAAAGAGACCUUUUGUCAUAUGCAAUCAAUCCAACAUCAAUCUGAAAAGUAUACCUUUUGCUACAGUUUUUCCGUAUUUUUUUUGUUACUUCAAAUUCUUAUUUGUUUUUCAUUGCCAAAAGAACCAUGGUGCUUUAUAAUUUAAAUAUGGUACAUUUCAUAUGCAAGGCAUAUUCUAAAUAUAAUGGAAAUCACAGAAAGAAAAAAAGUUUGGUACAUGUUGUCAACGCUGAUGGUUUUGAGGUACAUUUGAAUUUUCAGCCUGAUUUCAUCCUGUGUUCUGUAUUUACUCUCAAGCUAUUUGUUCUGAACUGAACUUGAAGUUGACCUCCGGCAUUGGUCAACAUUAUUUAUUAUGACUAUACACACAUACACACACACACACACACACACACACACACACACACACACACACACACACACACACACAAACACACACACACACACUCUGUUCAGAACAGAGUCACUGCUAACAAAUCAGUCCAUUUUUCUCCCUCCUGAUGAAUCGUGAUGGCUUAUUUUCUCUGUUUGAUGACCAAAGGUCAUUGACCAACAUUCAUGAGUUUGUGCUUGACUUUCAGAUUUGACUAUUGUUAUUUUUCAGUUAUGGAGAUGCCACUCUAUUUUCAGCUGUUGUCUGCAUUAUUCUCUUCACUCAGCCAUUUUGUCUUGAAAAAAAUAAAAAAGUAUUACAUACA